CCAAAAUUCGAACCUUGCGAACGAACCUGACAGAUUUCACGAGCAAAUCACGAAUCUGGAAGCAGGACGAGCGGUGCGAACGAACCCACGAACGGAACAGAGAAGAGUCCGGGCGUUGGACCAUUGAUUCCUUGUUCAAUCAGAAAUGGCGCCUACAAAGAAAUCGAAAAAGCGCAACAAGGAUUCCAAGAAACUGAAGAAACGUAAAAAUUUGAGCGUUGUUCCCAUGGAACCCAGAGCAUCAGACCCUGAUUGGUGGGAAAUUUUCUGGCACAAAAACUGUUCCCUCUCAGGUUCUCCUGGAGGUGAUGAUGAAGCAGUUGGAUUCAAGUAUUUCUUUCGAACUUCGAAGAAAACUUUCGACUACAUUUGUUCCCUCGUACGAGAAGAUCUCAUUUCAAGGCCACCGUCUGGGCUUAUCAAUAUUGAAGGGAGACUUCUUAGUGUGGAGAAGCAGGUUGCAAUUGCUAUGCGAAGAUUGGCAUCGGGAGAAUCACAAGUUUCUGUGGGAGCUGCCUUUGGAGUUGGCCAGUCCACAGUCUCUCAGGUUACUUGGAGAUUUGUCGAAGCUUUGGAGCAACGUGCGAAGCACCAUCUUCAGUGGCCGAGUUCCUCUAGGUUGGAGGAAAUCAAAUCACAUUUUGAAGCUUGCUUUAGUUUGCCUAAUUGUUGUGGAGCCAUAGAUGCAACGCACAUCAUUAUGACACUUCCAGCUGUACAAACAUCAGAUGAUUGGUGUGAUACCAACAAUAAUUACAGUAUGUUCUUGCAGGGAAUUGUUGAUCACCAGAUGAGAUUUCUUGACAUUGUAACUGGUUGGCCUGGGGCCAUGACAACUAGUAGGUUAUUGAAGUGCUCACAAAUUUUCAAACUAUGCGAUGCCGGUGAACGCUUGAAUGGGAAUGUAAAGAAGUUCUCUGGAGGGUCAGAAAUCAGAGAAUACUUAGUUGGUGGAGUUGGUUAUCCUCUUCUUCCUUGGUUGAUUACUCCUUACGAAAGUGACAACCUAUCGCCGUUGAAAUUCAACUUCAAUGCUGUGCAAGGAGCUGCGAAAUCGCUUGCUGUGAGGGCAUUCUCUCAGUUGAAGGGAAGCUGGAGAAUCCUCAACAAGGUGAUGUGGAGACCCGAUAAGCGGAAGCUGCCAAGCAUUAUACUGGUAUGCUGUUUACUUCAAAACAUUAUAAUUGACAAUGGAGAUGAGUUGCAACCAGAUGUUGCUUUAUCUGGUCAUCACGAUUUGGGAUAUCAGGAGCAUUGUUGUAAACAGUUAGAUCCAUUGGGGAACAAUCUAAGGGAAAACUUAGCCAAGCACUUGCAUCAAAAUAAAGAGAGAGUUUGUUCUUCAUAAGACCCAAAAUUGCAUAGGUUUCCCAGAACUUGUCAACGAUCUAGUAUAACUUAGAUUUGUAUUUACACUGAUGAAGCAAUGCAUAUUUUGUUCGAAAUUUUCCCCAUUGUGAAGAGGAGUAUUUAAGUCAUGUCAUGUUAGUUUCUGUAAGUAUAUAUUCUUCAAUGAAAACUCCAAUUUUCCUCUGGGAGAUUAGUUA